AUGACUAAAUCCACCGUCGACACACUGCGCACAUUGGGGGACACGCCAAGUGGCCUGUACCCAGGCGUGACCUCUGGGCAUGAGCCCCCUAACUGCAUGGAGUCAGAGGCCUUGCAGGGAAAACAUGUGGCCCUGCAAGGUACCAAAAACAGUGAGGAGGACUCCAAGCGCGAGGAGGACCUGAAACCCGUGGAGCAGUUGUACACAGUGCACACCGUGAGGGACACGCUGAGUGCCCUGUACCCAGAAGGGACCUCAGGGCAGGUGAUUCCCACCAGCAUGCACGCUGAGCCAACGGUGGAGGCACAUGUGGCUCUGCCUUGUGCUCAGCACACUAUGCAAGAGUCGACCUGUGACACGUCCACCAACGGGCUCAUGAGGGCCAAUUACACAGAGGUUGGGGCUGCACUCCCUGUAUCCCUGUCUCUGCAGAAAUCCACCGUCGACACACUGCGCACAUUGGGGGACACGCCAAGUGGCCUGUACCCAGGCGUGACCUCUGGGCAUGAGCCCCCUAACUGCAUGGAGUCAGAGGCCUUGCAGGGAAAACAUGUGGCCCUGCAAGGUACCAAGAACAGUGAGGAGGACUCCAAGCGCGAGGAGGAGCUGAAACCCGUGGAGCAGUUGUACACAGUGCACACCGUGAGGGACACGCUGAGUGCCCUGUACCCAGAAGGGACCUCAGGGCAGGUGCUUCCCACCAGCAUGCACGCUGAGCCAACGGUGGAGGCACAUGUGGCCCUGCCUUGUGCUCAGCACACUAUGCAAGAGUCGACGUGUGAAAAGGAGCUGCAGCCUGCAGAUCACGUGAGCACCGGUUUCUUCCUAUCACCACAUGUUCUCUGA